CAGGUAGAUGCAGUGAGCUGUGCGCGAUUAGCGAUCGAGAAACGCUGCCCGAACGUCCAUGCUGGAGUCAAAUGUGAAAAGCGGCGGACAACUAACCAGAAGAGAGAAGCCGGUCGCAGUCUUCGCUUUCUCGAUUCGCGCUCGUCGGGAUAUCGUCCUCUCGUUCCAAUCGGAGACAUCUUACUGCAGAGCGGGAGAAAGGGAAGAUGAAUCCGUAAUCUCGGCCUCGCCCAAUCGCACUCCACGAAAACACACACACACACACACACACACACAGAGAGAGAGAGAGAGAGAGAGAGAGAGAGAGAGAGAGAGAGAGAGAGAGAGAGAGAGAGAGAGANAGAGAGAGAGAGAGAGAGAGAGAGAGAGAGAGAGAGAGAGAGAGAGCAAACGGAGGAGAAUCACGUGUGCUACUAACGCAGAGAGGUGACAGGUUCCGCACCCCUCUUUCUCUCUCUCUCUCUCUCUCUCUCUCUCUCUCUCUCGGUGUCUACAUGUUUGUGUUUCUUUCUCCCGCUUUCUGAAUUUGCUUCGAGUUGAUGCACGCACGUCUGACCUGCUUCGUGUUUGCGGUUUGGGAUUGGUGACCUCUGUGGACAGUGUGCAGGCGACAAGUUGUCCUUGUUAUUCUGCCAGCUUCUGCGUUCGCUUUGUCUUUCGCAGUCUGCCUGCAGAUUUCCGCCGUCUCUCUCUCUCUCUCUCUCUCUCUCUCUCUCUCUCUCUCUCUCUCUCUCUCUCUGUCUCUCUCUGAAACUCCUCUCUCUCUCUGACCGCCGCCGGCCUUGCGUGCGUGCGUGCGUGUGUACGUGUGCGCCUGCGCACGCCCCAUGAGCCUUCCCGGCGCGCGGUAGGGCAGUGAAUGUGAAGGCUUCUGUAAGAGUAGUUGCUGUCGCGAUGCAGAACUUGCGGGCAAAGGGCAAUGUGAGGUCGUACGUCUUCAUUUCCUUUUUGUUGUUGUUAUUAUUCUUUUAUGUGCACUACACUUGGCGCUCCCUGGGCCUGCAGCCCGUUACUUCUUCUUCUUCUUCUUCUAGUAGUAGUAACGCUGCAGCGCUCGCCGCGAAGUACAGCGGCGUUUACGACUUCGACUUUUGCCCCGCGAAGCUUGUCGAUUACACGCCUUGUGAAGACAACAAGCGCUCGAAGAAGUUGCCCCGGCGCCGCCACGAGUACCGCGAGCGCCAUUGCCUGGGGGACCCCCUCCGCUGUCUGAUCCGCCCUCCGCCGGGGUACAAGUUCCACGCGCUCUGGCCGACGAGCAGGACGGAAACAUGGUUCGACAACGUGCCGUCGCGCUACUUGACAGUGGCAAAAGCCGAUCAGAAUUGGGUACGGCGCGAGGGGGAAAAGAUGAUAUUCCCGGGGGGGGGGACUAUGUUCCACGAGGGGGUGACCGGGUAUAUCGAGGGCAUUUCGCACUACGUACCCCUCGGCGAGGGGUCCGACAUUCGACUCGCCCUCGAUGUCGGUUGCGGCGUCGCUAGUUGGGGUGCUUAUCUCUUCGAUAAAGGGGUGUUAACGAUGUCGGUCGCUCCGAGGGACAACCACGAAGCGCAAGUGCAAUUCGCUCUGGAGCGCGGAGUACCCGCCCUGCUGGGGACUCUGGCAACGAAGCGGCAGCCAUAUCCGUCGAGCUCCUUCGACCUGAUCCACUGCAGCAGAUGCUUGAUUGACUGGACAUCGGAGGGCGGAUACAGCCUCAUCGAAGUCAACCGCCUCCUGAGGCCGGGAGGGUAUUGGGUGCUGUCGGGACCGCCGGUGAAUUGGCAGAAGUACGGAUUGGAAGCGUGGCGCGGCGACAACGUGGAAUUCAAUAAGUCCAUGGUCGCAAUCGAGGAUCUGGCGGCGCGCAUGUGCUGGGAAGUCGUGGCCAAGGCCGCGGAAGCUGACCUCUAUGCCAUUUGGAGAAAGCCUCGAACAGGAAAGUGUUACGCGGAGCGUACGGAAGGUACGCAACCCCCUGUGUGUGAGAAGACUAACGACGUCGAUCAAGCCUGGUACGUUACGUUAACUGACUGUUUGCCGCCGUUACCCUUAACGGAGGAAUCCCGCCAGGAGGGCGAGGGGGAGGGGGGCCCGUCUUCCUCUCCCCCCUCGAUCGCUGUAGGUAAGCUUCCCAAAUGGCCGGAGCGGAUCAACUUCACAUCCCCUCGACUCUUUUCCCGCCAACCCAGCGCCAACGCGGAUGCAAUCCACCUGGACAACUUCCGUUGGCAGCGAGCCGUCGCUCAUUACCGCCGUCUUGUUCCCGCGCUCAUUGCGAACAAAUUCAGAAACUUCAUGGACAUGAACGCCGGGUACGGCGGCUUCGCCGCCGCGCUGUUCGAGUACCCGGUUUGGGUGAUGAACUGCGUGAUGACGGACAAGAAAACUCAUGAUACGAUGAUGGAGAACACGCUGCCCGUGAUCUUCGACAGAGGUCUCGUGGGCACGUACCACGACUGGUGCGAGGCCUUCUCAACCUAUCCGCGAACCUACGACCUGUUGCAUGCCAGUGGCGUUUUCUCUGCUUACGCGUCUAGGGAAUGUGAUUUUGUUGACGUCUUGAUAGAAAUGGAUAGGAUCCUUCGGCCCGAAGGAGUGGCCAUCAUCCGAGACGAAGUCUGGUUGCUGCGCAGCGUCGCCAGAAUUGCUGAGGGAAUGAAAUGGGAGGUACGAUUCGCGAAGACGGAAGAUGGGGAAGAAGAGGCGACAGGGAAAGAGGCCCAAACGGCUGAGGGAGGGGCGGCAGUGACGGAGGAAACGGGGGGGGCAGAUGGAAAAGGAAAGAUAAUGUUACUCGUCUGCAAGAAGAGAAAUUAUGCCCGACCGAGUCUAGCUGUUGCACCGGAGACGUGACUUGUUAGUUCAAAACUCGGUCGUGGAGGGAAGAGAGAGAGGGAGGAGGAGGGGGGGGAGGGAGGGGGGGAGGUAAUAAGAGGAUGAAAUAAGGGGGAGGGAGGGAGAGAGAGGGGAGGUACGAAGAUGAAAGAGGGGGAGGGAGGGAAGAGCGGGAUUCAGAAGUCUGAAAUAAAAAGUGGUUUGAAAAGGUUCGUCUUGGAGAGAGAGAGAGAGAGAGAGAGAGAGAGAGACUAUGAAAGCCUUGUUGAGGUAGUUUACGUUUAUCCUCUUGAGGAUUUUGAAUGUUUUCUUGAUGUUCCAUCGGCGUUUUCGGGACAAAUGUGAUCUCAAGUGUUUUUUCUGUUUCGUUCUGAUUUAUGAAUAUGAGGUGAGUUGCCUUUUUAUAUUUAAUUAUUUGUUUUGCUUCUGGCUGACACUUCGUUGGCCCAGUUUCGAGCUGAGAGGAUUGCCCUUUUUUGUCGUUUUCGCUGGAUUACCAAUUCAUUUCGAAGCCGAGCUUUCCUCUUCUUCUUUUUUUUUUUUUUUUUUUUUUUUUUUUUCUUUGAAUUUUAGGAUUUUUAAAUUUUUUUUUUUUUUUUUUUUUUUUUUUUUUUUUUUUUUUUUUUUUUUUUUUUUUUUUYUKRYCGGGUUUUCCUCUUCUUUUUUUUUUUUUUUUUUUUUUCUCUUUUUCUCUUGUGAAUGUUAGGACUUUGAAGAUCACUUGUCGUUUUUUUUUGUUUUUUUUUUUGUUUUUCCCGCCUUCGUUCUCGUUGUUAGGAUUCCGGAGAAUUAGGAUAAUACCUAUACCUAUUUCUCCUGAACAGGCCAAUUGCUGCACGGCCGUUUUGAGAGGGGAAUGGGGAGGGUGGGUGGACGAGUGCUCAGAUUUGCGUAAUUAUUUAUCGUUACAGCGAGUUCUGGCUUGAUGAAUAAUUGCGGCAAUGGACGGGAAAGAGCAUCAUUGGAUGAAAAAGCUGCUGCAGUGGAUUAACAGAAAAGGUACUAUCGCCGCCGGGCGUUAACGACUGAGGAGAAGCGGAACACAUUGUCGUUGGGAGAGUGGAGCAUGAGAGAGUGGAGCAUGAAAGCCUGUUGCUUGAUGAUGUAAGAGUGUCACAGAGAGAGAGAGAGAGAGAGAGAGAGAGAGAGAGAGAGAGAGAGAGAGAGAGAGAGAGAGAGAGAGAGAGAGAGAGAGAGAGAGAGAACCGUGAGAGUUCGCCUCUGCAGAGCAACGAAUUGGUUGACUACGGCUGAGAGUAAAGGGUGUCUAUGUGUUGGGAUAGCUGACAGGUCACGCGGAUUGUGUUUUAAACCCCUUUCAUUUCGUUGUUAGUUGCUGCGUCUUUUGCUGUGCUAACGUUUAUUAUCUGUUGUAAACUGCUAGGAGCUCACGAUGGUGCCACAGACAUGAAUUUGUGGUUUUUCCACUUUUCUUCGAAAUAACCAACGCCGUCGUACGGUAAAGACCGUAGCCACUAUACGAG